ACUAAACGACUUAAACUAAACCGCUGAAAUGGCCCAGAAGAAAACCGUUGCCGCCAAGGGAAAGAAGGCCCCCAACCGCGUGGAGAAGGAGGAAGAGGAAAACGUGCUCGCCCAGACGCCCUCCAAGAAGGCCAGGAAGCAGCCCGUGAAGGAGGUGCCGCAGUCCAGCGAGGAGGAGUCCGAGGCCGAGGAGCAGAAUGGCGACCAGGCAGAGGACGACAGCGACUCCGAGGCCGGAGAUUUACUUGACGACGAGGCUGAGGAAGACGAUGAGGACGACAGUGAAGGAGAGGAGGAUGAUGACGAUGAGGUGGAACCUGGCGAGGUUUCCAAGACCGAAGCCGCUGAUGAAGAAGAAGACUCCGACGAUGAUGACGACGCACCUGUGGAGGAACCAGUUGCCAAGAAGGGCAAGGACACUAAGAAAGCCGGAAGCGAGGCGGGAGAAAAGAGCGGAAUUCCCAAAGUACGCGUUGGCAAGAUUCCCCCAGAGACGCCAAAGAAUCAAACCGUCUUUGCCACCAACUUACCAAAAGAGUUCAAGCACAAGGAUUUGGUGGCCCUGUUCGCCAAGUUUGGACCGAUUACCGCACUGAAUCGCUUCGUUUCUAAAAAUGGCUUCAGUUCAGUCAUUAUCGCCUUUGAAACGGCUGCUGCAGCGGAAGCUGUUCUGCAGGCCAAGCCCAAGUCGCUGACCCUUGGGAGCAAUGCUUUGAUCAUAUCCCAGCCGAAGGACAAGGACGUCUUAAACGAACGCACUGUGGUGGUUAGCCUGUUCGGGCCCAAAGUGACCACCGAGGAGUUAAAAGCCUCCUUCGAGAAAGUGGCUCCCGUGGAAUCGGUUUCCUUAUCCUCCAACCGCUUCAACCCCAAAGCCUUUGUUCGUUUGGCGUCAGUUGAUGACAUCCCCAAGGUCCUAAAACUGCACAGCACCGAACUCUAUUCUCGAUUCAUCACAGUGCGACCAGUUUCGUUAAAGAAUGCUUUGAAGACUCCGGAACUAACCCUGGUUGUCGAAAAUGUGAGCAAGCUGGAAUCUUACAGUGCCGACGCUUUGGAGAAAAUUUUCAAAAAGUUCGGCGAUGUGGAAGAUCUUGACAUUGUGUGCAGCAAGACAGUUUUAGCCUUCGUCACAUUUAAGAAGGCAGAAGCAACCACUAAGGCUUUGGCCCAGCUGCAGGGAAAGACUGUAAACAAUUUGGAGUUGAAGCUGCAGCGCUUUGAACGCAGCACGUCCGGAAAGGCGAUUCUUGUAACGAACUUGUCUCCUGAUACCACUGAAGCCGACCUGCGGGAAGUCUUUAACAAGAGCGGCGAAAUCGAGAGCGUCCAGUUGCUGAAAAACAAGGCCGUUGUGAAGUUCACAAAUGAGGACGGAUUCUGCAAAUCUUUCUUGGCAAACGAAACCGUCAUUAACAAGCUUCCCAUUUUUAUCGAGCCCAACUCGCUGCUGAAGCACAGAUUAUUGAGGAAACGUGUCGCUAUUGGACACUCCCACGCCCCUGCCAAAUUCCAGAAGACCGGGAACCAGGGCAAGAAACCCUUUAACAAGCGCCCAGCCCACGAAAAUGGUGGCAAACCUUUUGCGAAAAGAGGAAAGUUCUAGAGCUGGGAAAACUAAAAAUAUUUUAGUCUUAAGUUGUGCAGUACGAUGAAUACGGCCACAAUUCAUUUUAAUUCCGUGCUGCCGAUGUAAUGGAUUUAGUCGAUAAGAGAUACCCUUCAAGUUUUUACUGCAAAAAACUCGCCGUAUUUUAAACGGAUGUUAAUUUUUAUAAACAUUAAAUCCAAAACUAAAUAAAGGGUCAAAAAGUAUAUAAACAUUGAAAA